GUCACAGUGUCACUGUCAGUCUGACAGUGUACAUACAUACUUGCAUCCUGGUCUUGUCGUCGAGCCCAAAUCUAGGCUAUUCCCCAAACAACGUUCGGGUUACGUUCUGUUCGCGUCUAUCCCUAGCAGAGUCGCGAGCCAGGGAUUGCCAGGCAAUGUCUGACAAGCAGGACGACUCCGACUCUGAUGCCCUGUCGAACGAAAUUGUCCGGGCGUUAGGAAAGGAACUGAAACGACUGAGGGCUACUCAUCGCGAUUCGGAAGCCAGGAUCCGUGACUUGGAAGCUCAGUACGGCGACCUCGACGCCAGAUACAGUGACCUUGUGGCUCGCAGCAGUAAUCUGGAUGCCAGACAUAACGCUGUUUUGGCGAGGAACACUGAUCUCGAGGGAAGAAACACCGAGCUGGAAGGAGAGAAUGCGCGAUUCCAGAAAGAACUCGGUGACACACGCAGAGCAUUAAUAGCUACGAAGGUAAAGGAAGAGGAUUCGGAACCAUGCAUUCUGGCAGCAGGAUCGCCUUACGAGCAGGCAAAGAGGGCCCUAGACGAGUCAAUGCGUCAGAGGAAGGAGGAAAGGCGGGAACAUGGUCACAUUGUGAAGAGCCUCCAGGAUAAAUUUGCAGAGUCAGAUCGGAGGUGUGCAGAGCUGGCCAGGGAACUAGUGCAGGCAAAACGAGAUCUGACUUUGGCUCGGCAGCAUGUCGCGGACACGGAUUCGGUUGCGCAAUCUUCGAGCGACGAUGAGGGAGCGCCGCCAGUGAAGGCUCGCCCCCCACGCUACAAGGCAAUCGUCGAAAAGCGUAUGAAUGAUGCAGAGAAAACGCUUUCUGACUCGGACGUCGAAGGGUCUGACGAGGGGUCCGACGAAGAGUCUGAUAGAGAAUCCGACGAAAGAUCCGACGCAGCACCGGAGGAGAGUGAUGAUGACGAAAGCUUCACCCAAUUACAAGACGUGGACGGUUUCAACCUAUCUCAUUUCCUUGGCAACGAAGCAGUCAAUGCGUUCGGAGUACGAGAAUCUCAAGUAAGAGUGGAACUCCCUGUUAAAUUUAAGAGACAAAGAGCGCUGAGAGCUCUCCGCAAGGUUGAUCUCCAUGUUCUUAGUACCUGCGCAUGAUACUUAUGCAUGCACGCAGGUGCUCCCUCAGCCAGGGAUCGUGGAUCAUAGCUUGAUAUGCUUCAGUCCCGAAAUCAUCUGCUCGAAUGAGACGACCAGAUGUCUUCUUA